UGAGUAGUCGUCGACUCAACUCAAAACGUAUUCCGUGUCUACACCAUUCACGGAGCAAAGAUACUUCCUAGUGAAUUGAUAAGGCCACUUCUUUCAAACAAUAUGGAUAAAUUUACCCCGACGUUCGACUCCGACCGUUUCACAGUUUACAGAACAUGGGAGUAUCAGAAUAGUGUUAUUUACCAGAUGACAACAUGGACCGACGCGGUCGCCUAUGGAUUAUCAUGGGUCUCGCCGACAAAGCUAAACGUCGUCUUCCUUAAGGUGCAGCUGCCGACGUUCCAUGAAUCCUAUGACAAACUUGCAGCAUCUGGCGUGGAGCUUAGUCCAGAUACCCGCAAUGGCUUAAACCAUGAUCUCGGGACUAUGCUAUCACAGAGGAUUACUCCCUGGGAGACUAUAUCAGGAAGAGCAAUCAAGGGUUUGUGCCGGGAGCAUCCCAACGAUAUUACCAUUGCCGCCCCGGAGGUGGUCGGACAUUUACGAAUCUUCACCAUUGUUUGGGCGCCUCAGGAGAACGACCGGCCAAGGCUGCAGGGAAUGCGGGACUUUGUCCAAGAAAAUUUUGCAUGGCAAUUAAGGGAAAGCAAGAUUGAGUCCGUUAUCAGAACGCCGGUCCAGUGGUUUGGGAGUACAGCUGCAAGACUAUUUCUAUGGGGUUCAAUGGGUCCAUCGCAAGCUUAGGUUCUUACCACUACAGCAUCUGGAUGUGUGAUGACAUUGCGCAGCUCCUAGGGGUCGUAACAGAAUGAGCGGAGGGUUUUAUUUUUCCUCCUUUCUUCUUGGUCUCCUUUCCCCUUUUCUCCAUUGCGAUGUAUUUUGGGAAUUAGUCUUAGAUAUUUCUGCCAAUCCCUACUACUUUCAGCUCA